GGGGUCUUUCUCUAUUCCAUCAUUUCUAUCUUCACUUCUAUCACCUCCACCUAUGUCGGUCAUUGCACUAUUAUAUAUGUAUUAUUCUUGCACAAUAACUCCUUUAGCGUCUUUCCAAACUUCGCAGAGAGGUCGGUGGUUACGGUUCCUCGGUACUUGCCGCUUGGGGACACCCUGAUAGUAUAUACAACUCCGUGGUUACGGUUCCUCGGUAUUUGCUGCUUGGGGACACCCUGACUUGGUUUGCAUCGAGUCGGUGGUUGCGGUUCCUCAGCAUCUGCCGCUUGGGGACACCCUGAUAGUACAUACAAUUCGGUGGUUACAGUUCCUCGGUAUUUGCUGCUUGGGGACACCCUGAUAGUAUAUACAACUCCGUGGUUACGGUUCCUCGGUAUUUGCUGCUUGGGGACACCCUGACUCGGUUUGCACCGAGUCCGUGGUUACGGUUCCUCAGCAUCUGCCGCUUGGGGACACCCUGAUAGUAUAUACUACUCCGUGGUUACGGUUCCUCAGCAUCUGCCGCUUGGGGACGCCCUGAUACUUUCGGUGCCAUAGAGUCAAGGCUGCUCUCUUAUUAGCCUGGGUGGGUGGGAUACACGCAUAGCGUGGGAUCAUUCUUCCCAAUGCAAUUGUCCUUUAUCUCUAUAUAGCUAAUCACAAGUAUAGUGCACGACAUGGCGGUUCCGAUCGAAAUACCUGGGUUGAAAAGUCUCCUUACGGAGAGAGUAUAUAUAAAGUGGAUUGAUGAGGACGACAGCUGUUGGACAUUAGGUUCUUGUAUGCCUCGCAACAAAAAAAAUGUCGACAUUAUCAUGAAAGUGGUCUGCGAUUCUAAACGACAUAUUCACAUACAGUUCUCACUUAAGGUGGCUAUCAAGAUUUCUGGCAAGCGUCAUCAUAUAUAUAUGUUAUUGGCUAUCCCGCCACAUGUUGACUUUGAAUAUGCCUCGAAGGAUCUUCCGAUACAAGAGCUCAAUGGUUUAUCUCAUCUUGAUGCAUCCGCCCUUCACGAAGCCGGUAUAAGCAAUCUAGAGCGUGUAAUUGUUUUAAAAUUUGAUAUUCGAUUUACAGGAUUUGUUGUUCAAAAAGAGAAGGAAUCUACAACUAUCUGCCCCUUCAAUGAAACCUCCAGCAAAUUGAUCCGUGCAAUCAGGUCUUUAUCUCUCAUGAAGAAAUUUGAGGUAUAUGUUAGACCUAGCGAUUAUGCGCGACAACAUCUGAAAGAGAUUCGCGAGCGCUUGUAUGAUACAAGUGCAGAGAUCUCCGAAUCUGACAUGAGGAAGAUAUACUCUCAACAAGGCAUUAUGCUAGUGAACUGGACGUAUUUUAACUAUGAGGAACCUCAGGAUCAAUCACCGCCACUAUACACCGCGCACGAUGCACAAAGGCCGACGGAAGUGCAGGUUCUCCAUUCGCCAUUGACCGCAUAUGUAGAUCCUAUACCGGCGCGCCACAGUAUUUUCUCGCCUGACCGUGGAGAACUAUCAGGAGACUCACACCUUGACAAUAAUCACAAGGAUUCAGGACAUGUUGAAACAUAUCUUGAUAUAGAGGUGAACUCGGAUGAGGAAUACCUCGCCGAGUCCAAUGCUAGACAACUGGAUAACGAAUACCAAUUGGAAUCGAAUGCUCGAGAACUGGAUGAAGAAUACCUUGCCGAUAUUCGAGAAGUAAGCCAGCAACUCAGACAACGCGCUACAUCGGAGGCUCUUGGGUCAGAAUUUAAGGAGUGGUUGGAUGCAGCAGCGAAACUAAAUCCAAAUGUCUUAGGACAUAGAGGACUAACUUCCAAGUUACUUAGUCUUGGUGAAAGUGUUCGUGAGUCUAAUGUUGCAAAGUUCGAUGCCAUUAGACCCUGGUGCUCUGCGCUGUUGUUCUACGACCCGACAGAUUCAAGCAGCACCUCCGAGUUGCAAGAUUCAACGCGUCGAUUGCUUGUAUCAGAUAUAGCUGGGCUCAUCAAUUCAAUCAACAUAUUGCAACGUGGAGCCGAAAUGACUUUUUUGAUGGACGAUCUUCUAAAACUAGGCAGUGCUGCCCGUGCAGGUAAUAAGGAGCAGUAUACGUACUAUAAAGUUGAUUGUCAAUUUCGAAUAUUGGUUGACGAGAAAAGCAGUAAGGGCUUGUCCAGGAAAAGGAACACCUCGGAAAUUGAUAGCAAUGUGUAUAAACGAACCAGAACAGCGGCGUGAUUAUCAAAUGGAUAUUUAUCUAUCUUCCA